AUGAGUACUUCUAAUACUGAUUCUACAAGUGCUUCUGCCUCUACAAGGAAAAGGAAAGCUAUAACUUUGGAAGAAAAACUUGAAGUUGUCAAGAGACAUGAAAGAGGUGAAAAGACAAAGGAAAUUAGGUGUGCUACAGGGUUCAGUGAGUCAACUCUCCAUACAAUUAGGGACAAUGAGGAGAAAAUUAAGGAGUCCUGCAAGAGUGCUACACGUUUAUCUACUGCCUGUGUUUCAUUAACAAGGUCGGCCAUCAUGGAGAAAAUGGAACGCAUGUUGACAAUGUGGAUUGAGCACCAGAAGCAAGAACACAUGCCACUUUCGACUCAGGUGAUUCAAGCAAAAGCACUCAGCAUUUAUGAAGUGUUAAAGUGUGAUGAUCCUGAAGCCAAGCCAUUUAGUGCAAGUGCCGGCUGGUUUGAUAGAUUUAAAGCACGCCACGGAUUUCAUCAUCUGAAACUGAUGGUGAAGCAGCAUCUGCUGAUUAAAGUGCUGCAGAUAAAUUUCCUUCAAUCCUGCAGGCUGCCAUUGAGGAGGGAAGCUAUGAACUGA